GGCGGCCAGCGCCCGGACCGGGAGACUCGGCGCCAGCGACGGCGGGAGCGGCUGGCCGCUGCGUUUGGGAGACAUGGGAACUCGAACCGGGACAGCGCGGCGCAGGAGUUGCUCAGUGGGGAUGCUUUGGCGAAGCUAUUGGGUUCCACAGUCGGGGAUGAGGAUUGUUUGAGUCAUCUGGGUGAAGGGUCGCGCGACGGGCGAGACGAAGCCUCGGAGCAAGGGCACGAGCAGAGGCAGCGGAAGCGUCCUGUUAUCGCUGAGCAGCCGAUUAUGCUGGCGCCCAUCGCGUUGAAUACGCCUAGGGGCGGGGCGCAGAGCAGGGUUGCGUCCGGAGCACAGUUGGAGCAGGGGAUGGCGGAGGUGCGGCACCGCGGUGGUGGCUUUGGUGGGAAUGGAGCAGACGGGGAGGCUGCGGAGGCGACGGACGGUAUGCUCAGGAAGGAAGGGGACUGGGAUGAGAGGAGUCGUGGGUCCAGGUCCACGGGUCGGGGUAGCGUGGCGAACUUGCCUUUCUGGAAGAAGUGGAGAGGCACGUUCAUCUUCUUCGUGGUACUAGUGGUGUUGGCGGCGAUUGCUAUCCCCGUGGGGAUCAUCAUGGCGCGGAGGGCGGAGAAUGGUGGGAGUUCAGCAAGCUCGGAUGACGACAAGCCCGCGAAUUCUAACCUGGAUGGGAUCAGUCGUGAUAGCAUACCGGCCUACGCUCGAGGAACAUACCUUGAUCCGUUCACCUGGUACGAUACAGCGGGCUUCAACGUCACUUUCACCAAUGCGACCGUGGGAGGAUUAUCGAUCAUGGGACUGAAUUCGACCUGGGAUGAUUCCGCCCAAGCGAACAAGAACGUCCCACCCUUGAACGAGGCAUUCCCCUACGGCUCGCAGCCCAUCCGCGGAGUCAAUCUCGGAGGCUGGCUCUCCAUCGAGCCCUUCAUCGUUCCCUCGCUCUUCCAAUCGUACUCCUCGAGCGAAGGCAUCAUCGACGAGUGGACCCUCUGCGAGCGCCUGGGUAGCGACGCCAACACCACCAUCGAAAAACACUACGCCACCUUCAUCACCGAGCAAGACUUCAUCGACAUCCGCGACGCGGGGCUCGACCACGUCCGCAUGCAAUUCUCCUACUGGGCGGUGCGCACCUACGACGGCGACCCCUACGUCCCCAAGAUCGCCUGGCGGUACCUGCUGCGCGCGAUCGAGUACUGUCGCAAGUACGGGCUGCGCGUGAACCUCGACCCGCACGGGAUUCCGGGAAGUCAGAACGGGUGGAACCACAGCGGCCACCAGGGCAAGAUCGGGUGGUUGAACGGGACGGAUGGCGCCCUGAACCGCCAGCGGUCGCUCGACAUGCACGACCAGCUGUCGCAGUUCUUCGCCCAGGACCGGUACAAGAACGUCGUCACCAUCUACGGGCUGGCCAACGAACCGCUCAUGCUGUCGCUGCCCGUGGCGGAUGUGCUGAACUGGACGACGCAGGCGACGGAGCUCGUCCAGAAGAACGGGAUCAAGGCGUGGGUGACGGUGCACGACGGGUUCUUGAAUCUGGCCAAGUGGGACAGCAUGCUCAAGACACGGCCGGACAAUAUGAUGCUCGAUACGCAUCAGUACACCGUCUUUAAUACGGGGGAGAUCGUGCUGAACCACACACGGCGCGUUGAGUUGAUCUGCGAGAGCUGGUAUAGUAUGAUCCAGGCGAUUAAUGUUACGAGUUCCGGAUGGGGCCCGACCAUCUGCGGCGAAUGGUCCCAGGCCGACACCGACUGCGCGCAGUACGUCAACAACGUCGGCAACGGUAACCGGUGGGAGGGCACCCUCGCCUCCACCGGCGACACGAUGUACUGCCCCACCGCCUCGGACGGCACCUGCUCCUGCACCCUGGCCAACACCUCCCCCGUGGGAUAUUCCGAUGGGUACAAGACCUUUCUGCAGACGUACGCGGAAGCGCAGAUGUCCGCCUUCGAGACCGCCAUGGGCUGGUUCUACUGGACGUGGGCGACCGAGUCGGCGGCGCAGUGGAGUUACCGCACCGCGUGGAAGAACGGGUACAUGCCUGCGAAAGCGUACAGCCCGAAGUUCAAGUGUGGCGAUACGAUCCCUAGCUUUGGGGAUCUGCCCGAGUAUUACUGA